CUGAGGUGUAGCUAACCAUAAAGAGGGAGGAUUCUGACUUCACAAGGCCUGGUCUAAGUUCAGAAAUCAGGGUCAGCCAGUGAUGAUCUUUUGCAGUUUGUGGAGAUGGACACCUUUGGCAGUAAGUUACAGCAGAAGGCUCUGCAGCAACCUAAGCAGAAGAAAUCCAAGUCGGCUGAAUUUCUGAUGGGUGAAGAAGCGAGAGCUAAUGUGGUGGGCAUUGAAAACCCAGCCUUUGAUGGAGAAAGAAGCACCGAGCGUUCCAUUCCUCCGGUUUGGCUCGGGAGAGAAAUUCGAGGUGACAGGCCAGAUAGCACCCUUGCAGCUCACCAAAAAAAAAUGGAGCCGCGAGCCCCUGCCAAAGAAAGAGGAAAUGAACGUGCGCAAAAUUACUUUGACCCGUCAUCGACAAGGCAGACGGACUCGGGGCAUUGCAGGACGACUGGGGUCAGCGCUGAAGAUGAGCUGGAAUUAAAAACUUUCACUGCUGAUGAAAAGAAACUGUAUGAAAGAAUAACUGUGUUGCUGGAUGACGAAGACACCUUCAUUGACUUACCUGGUACGCUGCUAGCCUCCAGGGAUGAGGAGGUGUUGGAGGUGAAGGCGGGUGAUCUGGUGCUUCAGCGGCGACUGCUGCUCCACAGUGGUGGUGAUGCCUCGGGCUCCAGGCCCUCCCAGGCCCAUACCAUUGCCAAAACCCAGGCUGAGGGUAGUACUGAGCUGGGAGGAGAGGCUGGACUCGAAGCAGGGAGGAUGGUAAUGGGCAGAGAGAGCACUGUAAAAAUGAGGACAGCUGAGGAGGUGAUCCCCCACUACACCCAGCAGCUGAAGGAGCGUGCGCGGCCUGACAUGAUCAUGCUUGGCAGCCUUUCACUGCAGCAGCAAGUGGCUCAGAAUGGACCCCCGAAGAGAAGCGAGUGGGCAAAGAGAAAGAAAAGACUAAUGGCUUUCUUCACUGGUGAUUUUAAGGAGCCCGGUUCACAAAGAGACAGCGAUGAGGCAGUGAGACCACAACCCAUGAUGAACACACUGCUUCCGCGCAGCCGCGACAUCGAAAGCCCGUCACUCAGAGCGUUGGGGGAAGGCCAAGAAGAAGCGAUGGCCAAAUACAGCCAGAUGACAGAGCUCCCAGAAUCCUCCUCUGCAGCAUCACGGCCCCUGUGGCAGGCGGACCAGAGGACUGCUCCCCAGCCCGUGGAGGUGUGUGUGCGUUGCCUAAGAGCCACGAGGGACAGACUUCCCAGGGGUCUCUAUACUGUCAGAGUGGCACUUCACAGCCAUCUAGGGGGUCCGGCUCUGGCCUGGUGCAGUAAGAAAGGGCAACAUGUUUGGGCAACGUCUACUGAGCCCACUGAGCAUCGGGGACGCUUCUACGACAUUGACCUCCACAUUAACCAGAGUCUGUUCAUGGUCUUACCUUCCACCUGUAAUAUCAUCCCUUCCAUGGUGCUGGUUUUCCAGCUGAUCACAGCACCGGGAGACAGAAGUCACGUCAGCUCUGCGUUGGCCUGGGCAGCAUUUCCUGCUUGUGGGCCAAGUCUCGGUUUGGUCGAGGGCAGGUUCAAAACGCCACUGGUCAGGGGCGAGCCCAGCACACAGCUGGACCAGUUUAAAAAGAUUGAAGCCCUCAUCUCCUCUGAUCUCGACCACUGGCUGUGCAACCUGUAUUUUCAGGUAAAGAGACUCCCACCUGGAGCAUCUCGGAGACCAGAGCACUGCAUCACUCUAUCGAUCCCCACUUCUAAACAACCUAUCAUUCCCCAAUCUGAGGUCCACCAGAACCAGCUGCCACUCCAGCCCAAGCCCCCAUCGCAGCACCAGCUCUGUCCUCAGCUCGUUCAUCCCCAGUCCCAACAGCAGCCCUGUACAGACCCCAGCUGCAGAGCGGGAGAUCCCUCUGUGGUACAUUCUCACCGGGGGUCCCCUCUCAACCUGUCAGCUGAUUCUGCUUGCUCUUCCUCAUCUCUGCCAGGCAAGAAUUUCUCAUCAGGAGCCAUUUCUGGAAGCACCGGAGAGAAGAGUGAUCCAUGCAGGGAGAAAGCAGAGGGUGGGAAUCACUACAAGAAGAAGCCAAUCAAGAAGACAAAUAGCUGUGGCCCCAGCAUGAGCGGCAGAAGUGCACCGCCUCGGCAGGCAGACAAACAGAAGAUGCAGCCUUCAAUGGAGAACCUCUCCGCGGAGGAGAUGGAGGAGUAUACAUUCUCCCUACAAUCACAACUGACUGGACCUGGCUCCUGUCCUCCGUGUCUGUCUGACCGAGCGCGUCUGGCUCUCUCCAUGCUGCCAUCUGAGCUGGGCCUGCCGUUGCUGCGGCAACAACAACAACUGCAUAGUAGCUGGCAUGGCUCCGUUCAGCAGCUCGGCCUCAUUAUACUGCUGCUGGCUUUGAUGUGGUUUCUGAGGCUCUACCUGCAUUACUGCAGCCAGUGGCUCUACCUCCAGGCCAUAGCAGUUCCUGUCAACAAAUUCCACUUCCACGCACACACGGUGGACCUCGUGUACCAGAGUUCUUUACUCCACACCCGGGAGGAGCUGGCAAUGGUGGUGGUGGGUCCCCUGACCUUGAACGCAAUAACGUUCCUGCUGGUUCUGAUCAGAUGGGGCUGUCAACAGAUAUUUGGCUCACUCCCUUCCUUCACGUCAAAGUUUAUCAUGGCUCAGGGAGUGUGGACAGUCCUCGACCCCCUGGCAGUCUUUGCAGUGGACGCCAUCCUCGGGCGCCUCUCCUACAGUCCUGACACACCAGUGGGGGAUGCUGCCAAGCUUUAUUGGCACUUCUAUCAAGCUGACAAAUCAGGUGCAGCGGGGGUGAUCAUCACUCUCUUCCUCUAUGCUGUCGUUUUUCUCCUUUCCAUCACCAUCCUUUCCAUGUACCUGCUCAGACUCCACAAUGAUGGUCGCAUGCUGGAUGUCUUUCAGCGACUCACCGCCAAGGAGGGGGUAUUCUUCCUGCCUCAAGACCUUGAGCUGUCCAAUCAGGAACUGAGCUACAUUGUCAAGAAAGCAGAGCAGUGGAGAGGGUUCAAUGGAGAGAGGCGCAAGGUGGCCGUGUAUGACUAUAUCUUAACAACGGAGGACCCCGUGUCAGACUCUGCAGCGCCCAGCGAUGAGUCCCAUAGGGAUGGUGCGCACAUGCCAGAGGGUGAGACCAGCACCCACGUGGCAGUCUACACACUGCACCUCAGCGGGCUUAAACAAAUAUACAGGCACUUUCUUCGACAGUCAGAUGGAGCCAUCAUAGAGGUGAUGGGUGACAUAGAAGGCCUCGACAACGCAUCCAGCACGGUGCCCUGCCCGGCUCAGAGCUCUGACAAACAGAGGGAGGACAAAGGAGGCGACGCUCUCCAGCUACGGAAACGAAAGAAACGAUUCUGGCGGUCCCAUCGUGUUGAGCCAAUAGGAGGAAACAGGUGUGACUCCAGUUUUGCACUACAAGACCUCAAUCAAUGA